GCAUUUCGGGCCGCCUUCUUCUUUAUUUUAAUCGACUUCGUUCGCUAUUUCAUCACUGAGAAUUCCAAACUAUGUCUUCUUCAACCUCAGAUCACUGCCAUUCCGAUUCUAAGCUCCCACUGAGACCAAUCCCCGGCGGCUAUGGCCUCCCCUUGUUCGGAGCCAUCGCCGACAGAUUCGAUUUCUUCUACAACCAAGGCCGUGAAAAGUUCUUCUCCUCUCGGAUCCAGAAGUACAACUCCACCGUGUUCCGAACCAACAUGCCGCCCGGCCCUUUCAACGCCUCUGAUCCGAGAGUCGUCGCCGUCCUCGACGCUGCCAGCUUCUCCGUCCUCUUCGACACGUCGAAAGUCGAGAAGCGCGACGUCUUCACCGGAACUUACAUGCCGUCUACCGCCUUCACCGGCGGCUACCGUGUCUGCCCCUACCUGGAUCCGUCGGAACAAAAGCACCAACAAAUCAAGAGCUUCUUGUUCUCUCUCCUCUCAUCCCGGCAUGGCCAGGUAAUUCCGCUCCUCCGGAGCCACUUGUCAGAGCUGUUUCAGAAGGUGGAAGACAAGAUUUCUGACAAAGGGCAGGCGCAAUUCAACUCCAUCAGCGACAACGAGCUCUUUAACUUCAUAUUUCGCUACUACUGUGGAAAAGACCCGGCCCACACAAAUCUCGGCUCGUGUGGCUCCAAACUAUUUGAUCUCUGGGUUUUGCCGCAGCUUCUUCCAGUGGGUUCUGCAGGUCUGCCAUGGUACUUUUUCCCCAUCAACGUGGUGGAAGACUUCCUGCUCCAUACGGUGCCGUUUCCUGGCUGGUCCCUAAAGUGGGACCACAACAAGCUCUACAAAGCCAUCUUCUCAUCCGCCACGGAAGCACUGGAUCAAGCCCCGAGCUUCGGCGUGACCAAAGAAGAAGCCUGCAACAACCUCCUCUUCGUGCUGGGCUUCAACAGCUACGGCGGGCUCAAGAUAGUGGUUCCCACCCUCAUGAAGUGGGUGGGAUCAGCUGGGGAGGGUCUACACAAGAGACUAGCUGAAGAAAUCAGGAGCGUGGUUAAAGACGAAGGCGGGGUCACCUACAACGCGUUAGAGAAGAUGCCAUUGGCCAAGUCAGUGGUGUGGGAGACGCUUAGAAUAGAGCCUCCCGUACCGUACCAGUACGGGAAGGCGAAGCGAGACAUGAUCAUAGAAAGCCACGAGAAAGCAUUUGAAGUGAAGAAAGGGGAAAUGAUAUUUGGGUUCCAACCAUUUGCCACCAAAGAUGCAAAGGUGUUUGAGGACGCAGAGAAGUUCAUAGGGGACAGGUUCUUGGGCGAAGGAGAGAGAUUGCUCAAGUACGUGUAUUGGUCGAAUGGGAGGGAAACAGAGGAUCCAACCCCAGAGAACAAGCAGUGUCCGGGCAAGGAUCUGGUGGUGCUCAUCCUGAGGGUAAUUCUGGUGGAACUCUUCCUACGAUACGAUACGUUUGAGGUGGAAAUUGGAAGCCCGACCAUCGGCCCCACCGUUACCGUGAAGUCCUUGACGAAGGCCACCACCUCUUAAUAAUAACUCACUCUUGUUAGUUGUUAUAGCUAGGAGGGCCGGAUUAUUAUGGCAUGGCACAUGCAAGUGUCUCUGUGAAUCUAGUUUGAGUUGAACUGAUGUUUCUUUGUAGUCAUUGCUUGUGGCCACGUGAUGUUCUUUUGUGUUGUUUCUUCCAAUAUAAUUAAGAUGACUGGAUAGAUAUAUUCUGGAUUAUGUAUAUGGACAAGCCGGAGCGAAAUUAGAAUUCCUGGAAAAUGUAAUAAUGUUAUCUUGUUGAAAACUAGCGUGGAGGGUUUUCAUUUC